AUUCAGAAAGAGACUGGGGCUUGGAUGCAUUUCCAAGGCAAGGGAAACGGCCAGGCUGGAAGUGGGGAUAGUUCCAACAACUCUUCACGGAUUCUUGUCAUUCAAGGAACACCGGAGUCUGCCCACCAGGCUGAGUUGUUGGUACAUCAGGUCAUUGCAGAGACGCCCACAGUUCUGACUGAAGAGAUUGAGGUGCCUCGCUAUGCCAUUGGUCGGAUCAUUGGCAAGGGUGGUGUUACUAUCAGAGAACUGACAUCCGUUAGUGGCGCCAAGAUAGUCAUCGACAGGAACGAGAAUUUCACAAACCCAGACCAUCCAAAAACUGUGACACUUUCAGGGUCCAGAAAGCAGAUAGAUUGUGCGCUGGUACUGAUACAAGACAAACUGGAAGAAGAGGAACAGUUUCAGGCCCAACUGUCUGUGGCUGCAGCAAACAGAGAUCACAGGAGUAGAAACCAAACAGUUAAAGAGCAUAUCAAGAUAACUCCAGUGGCUCGGAAAGACGAAAACUGGGAUAUACCAAGCAGUGGUUGUGUGUCUUGUCAGGAAAGUCUUCUGAAUGAUGUGUACGUUGAAGUGUACGUGUCAGCUGUGGAGCACCCUGGGCACUUUUGGGUGCAGAUGAUUGGUACUAAAGCACUUCAGCUGGAGCAGCUGCAGAAUGACAUGACAAACUUUGCCUGCUCGGAUGAUGCUAAGCUGAACUUUGCAGUCAAGGAGGUCAACCCUGGAGAAUUAGUUGCUGCCAGAUAUGAGGAGAACGAUGGGACAUAUUAUCGUGCCAAAAUUCUUGGAGAAACUCCAGAUGGCAAAGUGGAUCUGUAUUUUGUGGAUUUUGGAGACAAUGCAUAUGCUGACAAAGAGACGAUAUUUAGACUGAGAUCUGAUUUUGGCAGCUUUCCAUUUCAAGCUGUUGAAUGCAUGCUAGCGAAUGUGGAACCUGUUGGUGGAAAGUGGAGUGAGGAAUCAAUAGCCUGCUUUGAAGAGUUAACUUACUGUGCCAAAUGGAAGUCCAUCCUAGCACGUGUAACGACAUACAAGUGUCUGAAGGGGGAUGUUAAAUUACCAGUUGUACAGCUGUUUAACACAAGGGGGCCUGAGGACAUUGAUAUUGGCAUGGAGCUGGUUAAGAAAGGCUUUGCUGUGCUGUGUGAUUCCGAUAAACAAAAAGACUGA